CGACGCUCAUCUCGCCUCUUCGUUCGACGUGCUCUUGCCGCCUACCGUGUCCGCUACGCUUGCUUGACAAACAGAGAAGGAGAUGAACGCGCGUGGUGGAAGUUCUACCGCCCUGCGGCGGCUCAUGACUGAGUACAAGCAGCUGACGUCCCAAGGUGCACCGGAUGGCAUGUUCACCGCCGGCCCUAUUUCCGAGUCCGAUUUCUUUACCUGGGAGGCCCUGAUCGUGGGCCCCAAAGACACCCCUUUCGAGGGUGGUGUCUUCCCUGCAGUCCUGACAUUUCCGUCCGACUACCCUCUAUCUCCGUUCAAGAUGAAGUUCGACCCACCAUUAUUCCACCCGAACAUUUACGCCGAUGGCACGGUCUGCAUCUCGAUCCUGCACACCCCGGGGGACGAUCCCACGCAGUACGAACAGGCCUCCGAACGCUGGAGCCCCGUGCAGAGUGUUGAGAAGGUCAUCCUCAGCGUAAUCUCGAUGCUAGCGGAGCCGAACCUGGAGAGCGGCGCCAAUAUCGACUGCUGCAAGCUAUACCGCGAUAAUCGCGCGGAAUACGAGCGCAUCGUCAAACGAUCCAUCCGCGAACAGCUGGGCCUCUGAUGAUUGGCUCCCCCGAGCGGCAUAAUCCCGCAGGUGACGCAGCCCAGCAGGAUGGUUGUGCGGCCGAUGCUCCGAACCAUCCCGGCGUCCCAGUGUGUCUUGCUGUCCGGACGACGUACGUACACGGAGAACACCACCAACACCACCGCCCCGCUGCCGUCUUUCUGGUGAGAGAAUACCGAGGAAAUAUGUACAUAUAAUGUAACAACAGCUCCGCACCAUCUCAUCGCCGUGCCAUGCCAACAUCCGCCCGGACGCCCGCCACACCAGCGCUGCGUGCAUAGUGUAUACACUCGCCC